AUGAGUUUUGUCAAACCAGCUUCACAUUUAUUGCUAUAUUCUUUUGCUUUUGGUGGAGCUACAUUUUAUUCCUAUGUUGCCUCACCUCUAAUGUUUAAAACAUUGGAGAAAGAUCAAUUUUCUAAAAUGCAAAGUAAAAUAUUUCCAGGUUAUUUUUGCAUGCAAACAGUGACACCUGUGAUUUUAGGACUCACUUCCCCAGUUGCCCUUUCAAAAGGCUCCAUUACUUGCUUAUUAACCGCUGUUGCCUCUGGGUUAGUAAAUUUCGUUUAUUUACAACCAAAAUCUCAUAAAAUCAAGGAAGAGAGACAUGCUUUAGCAGCUAGACUGGAAGGAAAAGAACUGAUGGCGUUCGAUGAAGACUUGAAAAAAUCAUUUGGUAGAACUCAUGGGAUUAGUUUACUAUUUAAUUUUACCAAUAAUGCUAGUAUGCUAGUUUAUGGGGUUUAUUUAGCUAAAAACUUAUUGAGAUAUAUUCCAAAAUAG